AGAAGAGCCUGAAAUUUCUCCCCGAAUCCAACAUCCAAUCCUCGGUCUCGUCUCGUCUGCCUCACACAGCAAACUUGCAAAUAUGGCUGAGCAGCUCAUUCUCAAGGGCACCCUCGAGGGCCACAAUGGCUGGGUCACCAGCUUGGCUACCUCCAUGGAGAACCCCAACAUGCUCCUCUCCAGCAGCAGAGACAAGACCCUGAUCAUCUGGAACCUUACCCGUGACGAGACUUCUUACGGCUAUCCUAAGAGGUCGCUGAAGGGUCACUCGCACAUCGUUUCGGACUGCGUUAUCUCGUCGGAUGGCGCCUACGCCCUGUCCGCUUCGUGGGACAAGACCCUCCGCCUUUGGGAGCUCGCCACUGGCACCACCACCCGCCGCUUCGUCGGCCACACCAACGACGUUCUGUCCGUCUCUUUCUCUGCCGACAACAGGCAGAUUGUUUCCGGCUCGCGUGACCGCUCCAUCAAGCUGUGGAACACCCUGGGCGACUGCAAGUACACCAUCACUGAGAAGGGUCACUCCGAGUGGGUUUCGUGCGUGCGCUUCUCGCCCAACCCCCAGAACCCCGUGAUUGUCUCAUCCGGCUGGGACAAGCUUGUCAAGGUCUGGGAGCUUUCUAGCUGCAAGCUCCAGACUGACCACAUCGGCCACACCGGCUACAUCAACACCGUCACCAUCUCCCCUGACGGAUCCCUCUGCGCCUCGGGUGGCAAGGACGGCACCACCAUGCUUUGGGACCUGAACGAGUCCAAGCACCUGUACUCGCUUAACGCCAACGACGAGAUCCACGCCCUCGUCUUCUCCCCCAACAGGUACUGGCUGUGCGCUGCCACUGCCUCCAGCAUCAUCAUCUUCGACCUGGAGAAGAAGAGCAAGGUCGACGAGCUCAAGCCCGAGUUCGCCGCCGUUGGCAAGAAGAGCCGGGAGCCCGAGUGUAUCUCGCUCGCCUGGAGCGCCGACGGUCAGACCCUGUUCGCCGGUUACACCGACAACAUCAUCCGCGCCUGGGGCGUCAUGUCUAGGGCAUAAAUGACCUCCGGUUGAUGGGUGGCAGUUGGUUCUCUGGCUUUUUAUUGUUUUUGGGACGGUAACGGCGAAAGCGGUAUGAGACGGUCUUUGGUCCGAAGGGAAGUGGAAUUAGCCCGUUGAUGACCGCAAAAGAGGGAAGGGACAUAUCAAAGCUUUUUUCUUUUUUUGUUAACUCAACGAUGCCAAAAGGGAGGAAUCUCAAAGACGGAUCCAUGGUGGCGGGCGUAAGGAAUGCUUGUCUCGUUUCGGAUUUUCUUUCUUCGGAGCACCAAAAUCAUGAUGGCCCUGCUUGAAUCGCAGCAUGACAAAUUUUUUUACCUUAAUUUUCUGGGCGUUAAUACGGUGAUGAGUGAAAUUUGCUAACAUGACAGUGACAGGCUUGGG